CCGCCGUUUUCGUUCCUCCCGGUCUGCGCGCGCUUCGUCCGUUAUGAAGUGCUGACGGCAACCGUGUGAGAGAGGAGGAGCGUGAGAGAAAGAAAGGACGCAGUAGUGGCUUUCCCACAUCACAGUGUCUCGUCCUCCGCUCGCCGCCACUCGGCUAGAAGACCAUGGCCUACGACAUGGACACCAGUUCCUCCUCGGAGUUGUCCGCCGACCAGUGGCCGUCGAGAAACUGGACCGGGGCCGCCGGCGGUGACAACAGCUCGCCGCUCUACCUCUCGGAAGGCGAGGAGGAGGAGGAGCCGCUGACCACAGUGGUCGCCAUGACCGUCGUGUACGCCGUCAUCCUCGUCACCGGCGUGACGGGCAACGUCUGCACGUGCAUCGUGAUCGCGCGACAUCGGUACAUGCACACGGCGACCAACUUCUACCUGUUCAGCCUGUCCGUGUCAGACCUGCUGCUCCUGCUGCUGGGCCUGCCGCAGGAAAUGUACCAGCUGUGGCGAAAGUACCCGUACGCCUUCGGCGAGGCCUUCUGCGUGCUCCGGGGCCUGACCUCGGAGAUGUCGACCAACGCCUCGAUAUUGACCAUCACGGCGUUCACGGUGGAGCGCUACGUGGCCAUCUGCCACCCGCUCAGGGCGCACACCAUGUCUCAGCUGCCGCGGGCCAUCCGCUCCAUAGUGGGGAUAUGGAUCGUCGCCGGAGCGUUCGCCGUGCCGCUGGCGCUACAAUUCGGCAUCGUGUACCAGCGCACCGCGGACGGGUCGGGCUUCUUGCCCGAGACGGCGGCGUGCAUGCUCAAGCGGCCCGUGGAGCACGCGUUCACCGUGUCCACGGUGCUCUUCUUUGUUCUGCCCAUCAGUGUGAUAUCGGUGCUGUACAUCCUCAUUGGGCUGCAGCUGCGCCGCUCCAACGCGGCCACGCGGCGCGACUGCUCGCCGGAUAUGAACGGCAAGAGCCACCACCCGAGGAGUAGCGCGAUGGUCCCCAUGCGCACCCCGCGACAGUCCGGUGGAGGCUCCAAGCGUGCCGUCGUCAAGAUGCUAGGGUGA